CUCAAGAAACAAACACAAGAUGAUAUCCAAAAAGCCAAAGCCCGUUUCCAGCACAAACUUGCCACACGAGCCAAACAAGCCCAUAAGGACAUCUUCUCCACAAACGAGCAAACACGAGGUAUCCCUGCACUCCUACACCCACACACCAAAGCACACUGCACCGACAAAUCCUCAAUACUAGACGCCAUCCAUACCUACUUCCAGGGCCAGGGAGCCACCAUCACUGGACCCCGAACGGGAAAACAUAAGCCUGAAGAUAGACUGCCCAACAAUACGUGGGGUUAGAGGCGGAGGACCGGAGGCCCCGAAGGGGCCGGAGGGAAUGAAGCGAGCUUCCAUGAGGAAGUCGUACAGGCUGGCUCUCUUUGGCGCCAGCCUCCUCUCUCUUCUUCAUUCCGCCUUCAUAGUGAGAGCUUUUAACGUUACUUCUAACGUUCUCACUCAAGCCCUUUUGUUGCUGCUAUGGAGCGUGGGCGUGGAGCUGCUGGCAUUCGUGGUCGCGGUCGCGGUCGCGGUCGUGGAGCUGUGGAGCAGGAGCAGGAGCAGGAGGCUGCUAUCGGAGCUGGCGCUGCUGUGGUCGCCGAGGCCGUCCAGGGUGAGCAGGGGCCCGCGAUCGGCAAUGCUCAGCCUCAGGGGGCCGCGCAGGGCGCUCAGGCUGCACUGAACUUGGCGAUCAGGCGCGGUGCUGCGCCUGUUAUUGCCAAGCUGGUUGAGAUCAGCGGGGUGGGAGAGCAGACCCGGGACGCAGUGCUCGCCGGAAAUGUCGAGCAGGCCGCGAUCGGCGCGGAAAUUUCGAGCAUUACUGAGCAGGUGGCCAAGAUCCCGCAGCUGGAGCGGCUGCUGACCGAGCUGAAGGAGCUGUACCGCAGCGAAGCGCCGGGCGCGCAGCGCACCGGCGAGGUCGCCGCGGGGGCGGGUGCGAGCGCGGCCGAGGAGGCCGCGAUCGACCGCCAGCUCUCGCCUCAGCAGCUGCAGCGGCGCACUGAGAUCAUGAUGCGGAUCUCCAGCCUGCUGAACGCGCAGCCGGCGGCAGACGCAGUCGGGCUGCACAAGCAGAUCUAUGGUUUCGGCAAGCAGCUCGCCAACGCCAUCAAGGAGGCCGCGCUGAUGGGCCAGACGGCACUGGUGGCGCGCAUGGCCACGGCCCUGGCCAACGGCUUCACCGCCUCGCACGAGGCCAUGUCGCAGCUGGGCACUUACCCGCGCAACGGCAUGUCCCAGGCGGUCACCAUCGGCGUGCGCAGCUUCAGCAGCGCCUGGAACGAGGAGGGCUGGGUCCCCUCGUCGGUCACGGCGGAGAUCACUGCCGCCGAGCGCUCGCUGAAGCAGGCGGCGGAGCGCGACGCUAAGGCGGGCGGCGGUGGCAGCACCGGUCGCGACGGCGGUCGCGACGCAGACCGCGACCGCCGCGACGGCGACGGCGACCGCCGCCGCAGCAGCGGCUACGACUACAAGAAGCGGAAGGGCACCAGCAGCUAAGGCAUCCGCCGGUUGCAGCGCAGCGGAGCGGCAGGAGAGCGCGGGCGCAGGCGGAGCGGCGAGGCGGAGGUGGAGGUGGAGUCGUCCAGGGCCGUGCGUGGCUCGCCACGGUGCCCGAAGGUUGCCGUGCCCGCGUGCACAGGGCCUCUGCCCUUGAUCAUAUGAAGAAUGGCCAGGCUCAAUUGCGGGCAGCAAUUGUUGGUGGCUCCCCUAAUUCGAUUGUGCCUUCUGCACCAAAAUCCUCGCGCGCCGUGCCAUCUGCACGGAGGUUUAUUGUUCGGCUGUGUUUAGUUGCAUUCGGCAACUGGUGGUGGACAUUCAAUAUCGCACUCGUGCCCCACGCAUGGCAUCUCUACGUUGGCGCUUCGGCCUCGGUGACCUUAUGACUCGCACGAUUCGCUCUCAUUAAGAUCGGUUGGCCGUUGGAUAUUCGGGGCUUGGCACUUGGCUUAAAACCGGCGCGUUCGGCGCUUCGGUACGGUCGUACGGGCGCGCGCGGUGACGCGGGGCGCAACUACCUGUAGCCUUCGCGGCGUGCUCUUCUCGUCUCUCUCGCUCCUCGUCCC